AUGGUUGAUCCCAAUGCCAACAUUCAGGAAAGGUUUGAUGCCAUCAAUGCCAUGGAGGAUUCUGUAAUGCAGGCGUCGAUGCAUGUUGAAAUGGCACGACGACAGAGAGCUCUCUUCAAU